CCUAUCUUUAUCCUCCUUUCUUUCCCACGUCUUCCCUUCCUUCCCUUCUCUUCUGAGUCCUCUACUCUGGACUCCUGUCUGUAAAGUCCUUCGUCCCUCUCCCCAUCUUUUUCUCUCAUUUUUUUCACUGUCUUUCCCCCUAUUCCCGAGAGCCAAUGCAAGACAUCGGCCCCGAUUAAACGACGGCUUGAGACUCACGGUGCACGAGGGGGGAUCGACACGGAGCAGUGAUGGAGAGCACCCCCUCAAGGGGUGGACUGAACCGAGUACACCUACAAUGCAGGAAUCUGCAGGAAUUCCUAGGGGGCCUGAGCCCUGGGGUGUUGGAUCGAUUGUAUGGGCACCCUGCCACCUGUCUGGCUGUCUUCAGGGAGCUCCCAUCUUUGGCUAAGAACUGGGUGAUGCGGAUGCUCUUUCUGGAGCAGCCUUUGCCGCAAGCUGCUGUAGCCCUGUGGGUGAAGAAGGAAUUCAGCAAAGCUCAGGAGGAAAGUACAGGGCUGCUGAGCAGCCUCCGUAUCUGGCACACGCAGCUGCUCCCUGGUGGUCUCCAGGGCCUCAUCCUCAAUCCCAUCUUCCGCCAGAACCUCCGCAUUGCCCUCCUGGGUGGGGGCAAGGCCUGGUCUGAUGACACAAGUCAGCUGGGACCAGACAAGCAUGCCCGGGAUGUCCCCUCACUUGACAAGUACGCAGAAGAGCGAUGGGAGGUGGUCCUGCACUUCAUGGUGGGCUCCCCCAGUGCAGCCGUCAGCCAGGACCUGGCUCAGCUCCUCAGCCAGGCUGGGCUCAUGAAGAGUACUGAACCUGGAGAGCCGCCCUGCAUUACUUCUGCUGGCUUCCAGUUCCUGUUGCUGGACACCCCUGCCCAGCUCUGGUACUUUAUGUUGCAGUAUCUGCAGACAGCCCAGAGUCGGGGUAUGGACCUAGUGGAGAUUCUCUCCUUCCUCUUCCAGCUCAGCUUCUCUACUCUGGGCAAGGAUUACUCUGUAGAAGGUAUGAGUGAUUCUCUGUUGAACUUCCUGCAACAUCUACGUGAGUUCGGGCUUGUUUUCCAGAGGAAGAGGAAGUCUCGGCGUUACUACCCCACGCGCCUGGCCAUCAAUCUCUCGUCAGGUGUUUCAGGGGCUGGGGGCACUGCGCAUCAGCCGGGCUUCAUUGUCGUGGAAACCAAUUACCGACUGUAUGCCUACACGGAGUCAGAGCUGCAGAUUGCCCUCAUCGCCCUCUUCUCUGAGAUGCUCUAUCGCUUCCCCAACCUGGUGGUGGCACAGGUGACCCGGGAGAGCGUGCAGCAGGCCAUUGCCAGUGGCAUCACAGCCCAGCAGAUCAUCCAUUUCCUAAGGACAAGGGCCCACCCAGUGAUGCUUAAACAGACACCGGUGCUGCCCCCCACCAUCACUGACCAGAUCAGGCUGUGGGAGCUGGAAAGAGACAGACUCCGGUUCACCGAGGGCGUCCUGUAUAACCAGUUCCUGUCGCAAGUGGACUUCGAGCUGCUGCUGGCCCACGCGCGGGAGCUGGGCGUGCUGGUGUUCGAGAAUUCGGCCAAGCGGCUCAUGGUGGUGACGCCGGCCGGGCACAGCGACGUCAAGCGCUUCUGGAAGCGGCAGAAGCACAGCGCCUGAGGAAGCGGGCGGACCGGACCGGACCUGGGCUGGGCGGGGCGGGCCAAGCCGGCUGUGGCCUCAGAACUCAGGCGUUUUUUAUUUACACGUGGGGACUCUUGUUUAAUAAAGUUGUGGAAGUCA